CUCGCGUUAGUCAGUCAGUCGUGCCAGCGAUCCCGUGGCGGUUGAAACGAAGUCGGCUCGUUGUCGCAACCUGCGGUGUGCAUCGGCACGGCGCGAAACGAUCGAAUCGACGGCGCGUUUCGAGUGAGGUCCAAGUGUGGCUCGGAGACGCACCUGAGUGCAUCGCACUGUGGGCUAGAGUGUGAUAAGGGGGAGUCUCACCGGCGUGAAUUCUACAAUCGGCUCUAAUUGAUCAAUUGAUCAUCGCAGUGGGGCUUGUGAUAGAGAGUGCAGUUUGGCGACUGCUCGCGAAAUAUCGGAUACGUCCUCGUGUCGUGUCGUGUCGUGCCGUGUCCCGCGGAGAAACUCGUGUGUUUCGGAGCUGUGUGAUCUGUCGCGAGGUCGAGAAACUUGUCGCGUGGACGAUUAUUUUCCUCUACCACUUGCGACCAGGUGGAACCUCGUCGGUUAAUUAGCAACCGCGACGGUCUUCCGGGAUACUUAAUCGUGAUUGACGGUGUGUGCGGGGCUGGUAGUGAAAGUAAACUCGGUUUCUCUCUCUCCUUCCUUCCCUCUCUCUCUCUCUCUCUCUCUCUCUCUCUCUCUCUCUUGAUACACCCGCACCGACCACCAUACGAUUGCUGUUGAUUGGCUGGUACGCAGUGCCGAGUGACCUGUUAUCAUUAUCGUAAAAGUUGCAGCGAGGUCGCCAUGUCGUUGUCCCCUCCUUAAGACUUGGAAUUUUUAAUAGUGACUUGUGUGGCCAACGUGGCGUGCGGUUCGCCGUAUCUCCUUCUCUCUGACCUGUUCUUUCGGUCUCUUUCUCUCUCUAUCUCUCUUUCUUUCUCUUGUUCUCUGCCUUUUCCACCUUCGCUCGCUGAGAUCGCACGUGGACGACGGUGGGACAUCGGAUUUACAUCCAACGACAAUGACUGUGGUUAUGGAGGAGACGAAUACCUUCGUUACGUGGCCGUCGCGACUGAAGAUCGGGGCGAAGUCGAAGAAAGAUCCGCACAUAAAGGUCGCGGGACGACUGGACGAUGUACGAUCGGCGAAGGAGAAGAUAAUGGAAAUUUUAGACACACGGCAAAGUAACAGAGUGACCAUGAAACUAGACGUCAGUUACACCGACCAUUCGCACAUCAUCGGUAAGGGCGGCCUGACGAUCAAACGGGUGAUGGAGGAAACCGGCUGCCACAUUCACUUCCCAGACAGUAACCGCAGCAAUCACCAAGACAAGAGCAAUCAGGUUUCCAUCGCCGGCGAAAUGGAGGGCGUCGAACGCGCCCGCGCUCGCGUCAGGAAUCUGACGCCGCUGAUCUUCUCAUUCGAGCUGCCCAUAAUGGGUGCGUCGCAGAGCACUCCGGACUGCACCUCGCCGUACGUGGUGAAGAUACAGGAGAAGUACAAUGUACAAGUCAUGUUCCGCACGAGACCGAAGUUGCACGCCACCCUGGUGGUCGUGAAGGGCUGCGAAUGGGAGGUUUCCCAGGUCAAGGAAGCGACGGUUCUGCUGAUUCGUUACAUGUGCAAAAACUUAGCUAGUCAAAUUCAAGUACAAAUGUCGAUGGAGAUCUCACCCCAACAUCACAGCAUCGUGUUAGGGAAGCAGAGCAGUAACCUGAAGAUGAUCAUGCAACGUACAGCUACGCAGAUCAUGUUUCCGGAUGCCGGCGAUCCCAAUAUACCCAGUCUCAAAAAGAGCAACGUCACCAUUACUGGCGCCAUACACAAUGUUUACUUGGCUCGGCAACAGUUAGUGGGCUCAUUGCCGUUGGUACUGAUGUUCGACCUUCCUGAGGAUUCUGUAUCCGCAUCCGUCGACACUGAGAAGAUUUCUCAACUUAUGCAGUCCUUGGACGUGUUCAUCAACAUCCGUCACAAGCCGAAGCAGAGUACGCUCUCGGUGAUCAUCAAGGGUAUCGAGAGAAAUGCCGGCAACAUUUACGAGGCGCGUAAGCAACUGCUCGGGCUGGACGAGCCCAGAGUCCACGCCGAGAUACCGGCCACUUACCACAUUCCAAACGCCGGCAGUAUCUUCCAAGGCAACUCCACCAACGACGUCAGCUCCAACAACUUGAUAAGCGGCGUGCCGGACAACUUCUCGAACAUGUUGACGAUAAACACGCAGAAUUCGCCAUAUUGCGUGUCGCCUAUUCCUCAUUCGCCGAAUCCUAUGGGGCUCUCGCCGCAUUGGGGCCUCCCUCAUCUUCCAUCCGUGUUCUCACCGCUGGGCACGCACCAUCCGUACCCCUAUACUCACUUGAACCACCUACUGACGACACAACAUAUGCUGCACAACAAUAUGAUGCCUCAUCCUCAUGGUAUGUCGAAUCAUGUGAUGCCCGGCCUCGGGCCGUUUCAUCACAACGCAUCGGCCAACUUUCCUGGUAUCCACGGUCUGAGCACUAACUCGCUGACGGAUAGCAAAGAGGGUAGCAGUGCUUACUCGUCGCUAAGUAGCGUUUCUAGCUCUCUAUCUAGUCCCGCUAUCAGUCCUCGCAAUAUUUCGCCAGUCAAUCCUACAGAUACUAGUCCUAACUUAGCGGAUUUAUCCAGCAUGCUGUCCGAUUUAUCGGUCACCGAUCGACGCGCACCCGGUUGCGAAAAGAAGACCUUAGAGAUGGCUGCGCAGCAGAAUCUCACACCCUUCGACUACGAGCAGAAGAAGCUGCUGGCCGCGAAGGCGAUGCAGAACAAGCAGAGCGGCAGCGACUACCGCGUGCCGACUUCCGCCUGGUCCGGCUACGGCCUCAGCCAAAGUAUUCCGCCUAUAACUACGAGUGACUUGAGCAAGGAGCUGACGUCACAUCCUUCGGACUUGUGGAAAGAGCCGACCACGCCGGUGUUCAAUACCGAGAUGGACUUCGGUAUUAUCUCAAGCAAGGACCGUGUCGGACAGAUCGGCAUGGCCUCCAACUACAUGGACCACACACCGACUUCCCAUUUGAACAAGAUCACGUCCCAUCGCUACAACGAUCUGGCCAGCAUGCUGACCAGCAUCGGCUUGGAGAAAUAUAUACGCCUGUUCACGUCUCACGAGGUGGACAUGGCUACGUUCCCUUCUCUCACAGAGAAGGACCUCUGCGAAAUUGGAAUUACCGCUUGGGGCGCGAGGCGCAAGAUAAUGCUGUUGAUAUCCGAGAUGAACAAACGUACUGUCAGUCCGUUCUCCGGGAGCGCCGCGCCCGGCGCCGAGCGGAAGGCGUCCACGUCGUCGGCGUCAACGUCGUCGAUCGGCAAAUGCAAUCUGGACAGCAAAUGGUAGGAGAGCGAGAGGAAGAGAGAGAGAGGGAGUGAGAGUCGAAAAGAGAGAGGAUCGCGCAGUACACUCGUUCGGCGCAGCGCUCCGAACGCGAUCGCAUCUCGGCGCUCUCGCGGCCGAUCGGAGGACGACGUCGCGCGGCGGCGACAGGAGCUCGAUCGAAUCAAUUGAUCAAUUAAGUACGUACUUAAUGAAGACACCGAUCGCGCCGAAUCAACGAGAUGAUUCGCGGAGCGAGGGAGAGAAGGCGCCGCACGCUGAAGCCUGACGAACGGGAUGAUUAGCGGAUAGAUUUGCAUGUGUUGAUUUGAAGUUUCUUAGGUAACGGGAGAAGAUAGCUGGAUUUCGUUUUUGUGGCCGGGAACUGGUUGUAUCUUUUUUUUUUCUCAAUUUUUUUUUCUCGCUGUUCUCGGCGCGCGCCCGGAAGGUGCCUUAGAUUUAGGAUAGAUAAGUGGUUACUACUUUUCGCUACUUAUACGCUAUUUCUGUUUGCUGGUGAUCCUUGUCCAGCCAAUGGACACGUGGUGUCCGCGACGUCGUGCGCGGCGCGUGUUUCGUCACGGUAAUCGCCCGUCGUUGAUAAAAUUCCUAUCGAUCCACACCGGGCCCGGCGAUUAUUACGAUUGCGAAACUCUGGCGCGCAUGUCUAUCGCGUUCGUUGUAUCGUGUCUAUGCGCGCGCGUGUAUGUACGUGUGCAUGUGUGUGUGUGUGUGUGUAUGGUGUGUGUGUGUGUGUGAAAGAGAUGGUUGCUCGAUGACCGAUUGAUCUAUACGUGUGUGAUCAGAGUGCGUGCACGUGGAUGUGUGUAUGAGAUGAGUAGUCGGGCAAGAAUGUUUCAGAGUGAAUUAGUAUCAGCGCGCGGUGGCGAAAUUUAAUGAAAUGCGAUGGGCGAGGGAUGCCCCGUGUGUUCAGCGGCCUUUCGUCCUAGCAAAAUUCACAUAUUUAAUUCAGACUAAGCUCGAAAGCAACCAAGCGGCCGCAUAUCGAUUUCGCCGCACACAAUGCUCCGGCGAAUUCGUGUCGUUGAUUAAAAACGCCGAAUGCGGUGGGCGAGAUAAAAUGGCACACGAAGUGUCACGGAAUAUUCUGUCCUGCCCGCGGUAAAUUCAGUGCCGGAUAUACGAAACCGCAGCUCCCGAGACAAAUAGCUGCUCGCGAACCUGAACUCGCGAAUUCGCAUAUUGAAGGCACUCUACGAUAACGAUGACGAGUCAACGUUUCGAUCUCGUGCAUUCGAUCAACGCGCUGUUACGGCUCGAACAAGCGCACGACUCCGCACGGCUGCAAUUUCGAGUUUUACAAAGUAACAAAGUAUUUAUUAAUUAUUCGCGAAAGAGACGCUGGACGCACGUUAAACAAUAGACCGCAAGAACUUUUCGUAUAAAGCAUGUGUGAAGACAGAAACAGUGUUAAACGAAUUCUAACACAAUAUUUGUGAGUCACUCUUCGCGCGCUGCGAGCGAUACCUCGAGAGCUCGAUCGGAGCGAUCCGGCAUCGCGGUUAGGUGUGAUUCGCGAUGGUAAUCGUCGCUCCAAUUAGGGGAGAAAAGCGCGUCCAUUUUUCUCCUUCAUUUUAAACGCACCUUGAACGAUUCGCGAUAGAACUUGAGUGAUAUCUGUUGGAAAACAUUGGACGACUCAGAAUUACAUUUUUAGACGUGUAUCUAUAAGCUUGUAUACCUACACAUCUACAAAUUUUCAAAUGUUUUCAACAGGUGGAAUUAUAAAUAGGAUUCUGAUCCGAAUUCUAUCGCGAAUCACAAAGAAACAGUAGAGUGUCUGAGAUGGGCUUUAAUUCUAAACUUGGCAAAACUGAGGAAAUGAGCUUAAAACUGUGUUACAGUGAAAAACGUAAAAAUUAAGAGAAAUUGUAAAAUUUAUAAAUAGAAUAAUCCAGGAAUAUUCGAAACUGUUGUCUUUGUCACUCGAAUUUUUCUACAGUAUCUAUGACGCAACAAGUAAACGUUUGUGAUAAUAUAAUCCGGACGAAAUAUGUAAGUAUGAUUUAUGCAGAUUUUACGAAUCUGAAAACUAUAUAUAUUGCCAAGUUUAGAUCCCUCCGAUUAUCCUCACGGACGCGGAGUGUGACCUCCAUUGGUCACAGUUGAUUUCGCAAACGGUUACUGUAUCGCAAUACAAACGAUUUUUAUAGACAUAAGAUAUUUCGUUCUCGCCAUAAUUUAUUAGAAUUUUUAAGCGUAAUUUUUGUUAAUAUAUAUAUAUAUUUUUUUUUGGUACAAAGGAAUGAAAGCGUUAGGUAGACGAACUCUUGAUGCACGCGUCGAAAAACUGAUAGUGCGGAAAUGAUUUCAAUGUCUAUGUGUCAAAGCACAUUAUGUCGUAUCGAGCCGAUACUCAAACUCGCGCACGAGGAAGGUUCGACUUACUUGCAGAACAGGAGAAAAAUCGGUUCGCUCUUGAGAUCGUCGUGCGAUCAUACGAUCCGUGAUCGUAAGUCCCGUAAACGACGUUGGUCGUCAGAUGAAUACCGUCACGUGAAAACUGAGAGAACGGGCUCGCGAGAUAAAGACGGAAGGAUCGCGCGUAUCGAACAUGCCUAACGAAAGAUUUUACUGCGAAGAGUUCUUGACUAAGUUCUUGCGAAGUCUUUUUAAGCGUAAAUUAUUGUCGUUUGUGCGCUCGCGAGUGAUCGGAACAUCACGAAGAUACGUGUUCGCAAACAAGAGAAAAAGGAAAAACUACGUGUGAUAUAAUAUUGGACUGUUCGAUUCUGUUGUCUGUUUUUCGUUUUCGUUCAACGUUGGUUUGGAACAGAAGGCUCCUACGAUUCCUCGAGUGCGAUCGUCACGAGGACCGAGUGAUAAUCCUUGCGAGAACACGUGAGUGUGCGUAUAUGUGAAGUGUGCACGUGUGUGUGUGGGAUGGAAAAGGUGCAUUGUGUCCUCACGUGAAGACUGCACAUUACACAGUGACACGCCUGUGCAAUUACACCUGCACGCUGCAGAUCCUGUGUCUUCGUAAAGAGCGAGAAAUAAUAAUAAUUUCGCGGCAGCGAUGGAACGUUAUAUAUCGCGAUAAAAAGUUGUGAUACCGCUCGCAUUGUUGCAAAAGAAGUUCUGUCCGGUGAAGAAUCGCAUCUCGUCGAUAACCAACUUCUAUGCAGUCUCAUAUUUCAAAAUGUAUCAGAAGCAGAAUGAAUAAGAGGAAGAGCUUAGAUACUAGCUCGCGGAAAUGUUAGAACGUCGGCCGAAUCGCGGCUCUCUGCCUCUCGAGACAUUUGCAAAAUAUGCGAGCUCAUUCUAUACAUACGGUAUAGCAUGUCGUAUGUAUAAGGAAAGUAAUGUCGUAUCGCGAGAUCGUCCUCUUCGCCGGUCAGGGAUCGACGAUUUCUUUGCAUAGAAUGUAUCUUAGUCUUGAGAGAAGACCGUCAAUGUUCCUACGUUAAAUAUGUACUGAUCCCGUGCGAGAUUUAGCGAAUACGGGUAUAUAGGUAUAGUCGCGGAAAUUUAGCGUUAAAGAGGGGAACGCGCGCACGCGUAGGAGAAAAGAGACAACGACGAGCAAGCUUCUAACUAGCGCGCUUGAUUAACGAAAAACGAUGAACGCGCGAGUCGGUGCGUCGAUGAUCGAUCGUCGAACGGUAGGAAGAAGAAGAGAGGAUGAUUGAGAAGAGAGAAGACAUGUCCAAAACGGUUUCAACAUUGAUUCACCGCGUAUUUUUUUCACGAAUUCUCUCUUCUAAUUCCCUGCUCACUUGACACUUUUUGCGUCGUGCAAAUAAUAUGACAGGCUAUUCAGACUUCUAUCCUUCUCAUUGUCGCGAAAGCGGACCGUAAGAAUGCCGAUGUGUAUGUACGGUUUGCGAUCGACGACCUCACUCGAAGUUACGGAUCCCACAUUUGUAAGAACGCGCUGUAAAUUAUAGCGGACUGUUAAUAGUGUUUCAAGUGCGCACACACACAAUCGUAUCGUUACGCAAAUUACGAUGUCACCCUCCUCAUUUUAAUGACAGAUUCGCUAUUGCGUCUUACAUAGUUCCUCGAUAAAUAUAAAAUUUAUAUUAAUAUUUAGAAUAUAAAAUUUAUAUUUAGAAGAAGCAUUCUUCAUUCAAGUCGAAAGAUCCAGUGGUAGUCAGAUUACGAUUACAAGAAUUAGAGAAAAUUAACCUCGAAAUUGCGGAGAUUGCAUCUCAACUUUGAAUUGGUCUUAGUUGCCUAAUCUACAUUUCACUUUAACUGUUGUACAUCGUUUAAGACAAUUUCUUACAACUUUAAGAUUAAUAUUCUUGAAUUCUUAAAGAAGCGAGGUGUAGACCUGUGGUUGUACACGCAACAAUGCGAUACUUCAUUUUAUUUGUAUACGCUUAAACGCGUGACGAGUUCAGAAAAUUGUAAAAUCGAAGAAUUGUAAAACGCGCGAGCGAAUCGAAAACUAAUAAUGUCACGCCGACCCCUUUAGACGCGGUGUUGCCUUCAAAUACCGCUACGACGAACUUACAGAGAUCUUUCUCGAAGCAUGCCGAAUGAACGUUGGAUUUCACGUUAAAAUGAACAACUGUUAUACGUGCCGUGCAUCCAUCACUCCCCUCAUAUCGAUAACCUCUUGAAUGCAAAACUAAUACCUCGCAUACGAUAAUUACGCAACAUUACGUUCUCUGUCUUUUUCUCUCUUUCUCUCUCUUACUUUCUCUCAUCCUACAGAGAGAAUCAUCGAGAAUUUCGUUGUACUUUCCGUCUAAGCGAGAGCGAAAACGAAAUCGCGAACUCCUCGAUAAAAGAAAGGACACUUAGGGUAAUUCAGUACCGAUACUAAAGUGCUGACAAAGAAUACCGAUGACUAAAAGAGUUUGCCCUGAAAAAAACGCGCGAAUAAUAGCGAUAGAUAAUACUUUUGCAUUUUGCUCUUUGAAGCCAGCAUAAUAUAUAUCUGGAUACACCUAAUGUAAAAGAGAAAAGAUCUAAAAAAAAAUUUGUAAACAUAAAAAUUUAUACAAAAAAAAAAUAAACUAAGAGAAGAGGAUACGGAAAAUAAAAGAAAAAAAUAUAAUCAUGUGAUUUUUGUGCCGUAUUUUUCGUGCGUCUUAUUUUUGGGGUGAACUCCUCCAUAUUGCACGUUGCGAUGUAAGAUUAGUAUUAAAAUAGAGCAGAGUCGUAUAAGAAUUAUUAGACGGAUACCUCGGAUGGAAGUAGAAACGUGAUCUUUGCAGAAUAAAAAGAAUUUUUGCGAAUUGAAUAAAGGAGUCCGGGGAAGGUUUCGAAUAGGGUUGGAAAAAUCACUCUGCUCGGCCGCGCUAUACAAUUGUAUUAUAAAUCACAUUCCAAACAAAAAAAAAAAAAACGGGAAAAAUCGAUGAAAGUUUGUACUCGAGUGAAAUUUGUAAUGUCGUAGGAGGCGGAUGGAAGUGUUAAAUUAUGUGUGUGUUACGCGUUUUUUCUGUGCUAUAAUGCUUAUAAUAAUGUUUCGUAAUAAAUCCGGGGACGUACCCGCCCAUCAAGCAGGUGCAGCCAGCUAACUAAACGAUAAAUUAAUGUUGAUGAAUGUGAAUUAUUACUCGCGUAAAUACGAUCCGUCGACGUUGCGACGGCAGGUGAGCGUUUUAUAAUAUAUAGCGCAGCAUAAUAUUUUUAUAUGAUAAUCUAAAUAAUUUUUUGAUAAACCACGAGGUAUAUCGUAUCGA